GUUCUUUCUCUUCUUCUAGGAAUGGCAGAAAAACAAGUCAACGAAUUGGCAUGACAUAAAUAACACUCUUCCUGAUAUGGAAAAUAAUCAAGUCUCAUAAAUUUUGGCAGCUCGAUCAGGAACUCAAAAUGAGCGAGAAAUACUUAGUACCUCUAUUCUCUAAGGGGUUGUUUGGUUCUAGGAUUAGUUAUGCAGGAUAAUAAUGCAGGGAUUAGUUCUAUUUGGAUGUUUGACUUUUUGCAUUAAAAACUAGUAUAAGUAAAACUCUGGAUUCAAAGUUAUUAGGACCAGUUAUAAAAUCUAGGUCGUUAAUCAUCUCAAUCGUAGCCGUACAGUAGAGAUGUCAUCUCCACCACUGAUCUCCCUCAAAUCCAUGGCUCAUGUGUUUCUUAUUUACAUAGACUCAAAUGCUCAUUUCCCAAACAAAUCUGCAGAUCAUUAAAGAACCAGUGGAAAAAACCCAAGGAGAGCACACCACAGUGAUGAAGAAACCGAAGUUAAUGGAGACAAUCGCCGAAGAUGAUGGAGCCCUAGACCGAAUCAACAAGUUGCCAGAGUCGCUCCUCGCUCGAAUUAUCUCUCUUUUGCCGUCGACGAAGAAUGCUGUCAGGACAUGUCUUGUCUCAAAACGGUGGCAGUACCUCUGGACUUCUAUUGAUAAUCUCACUUUACUUUGUGAUUCUCCAUCAGAAGCAGAAAUAUGCGUACCCUUCGUAGACUACGCAUUUGCUCAACGUAUUUCUUCGAAAAUAAGAAAAUUUUAUCUCGACUGCUGGGACAUGCUUAGUUACAGCUUGCAUAUCGAUCAGUGGCUUACUUAUGUUAUAAAUAGUAAAGUGGAACAUGUUGUAUUGAACUCAACCUUUUUUAAGGUGUACAUAUUGCCUCAAUCAUUUUACACUUGCUCGUCAUUGGUAACAUUGGGUUUACGUAAUUGUGCCUUUGAUAAGGGAGUUGUUAUAUCGUGGAAAUCUCUGAAGACGGUGAAGUUUAUGACAGUGGAGUUAGACGAUGAAGCGAUUGUGAAGUUAUUAACAGGUUGUCAUUCUUUAGAAACUAUGGAACUGACUUAUUUCCAUGGUUUUCAGCAUCUGGAAAUUAAAAAUAUAAAUUUGAAGACACUGAAGUUGCACAACUUUUGGCAGCUGUAUGGAGGUGAUCAUUCAUUGGAAAUUGUUGCUCCAUAUCUUCAGCAUUUGGUGAUUUCAGAACACCUUGAUGAUUUUAAGUGUAGGCUAGUAAAUGUGUCUUCCUUGGUCAGUGCUGAGCUUACUUUUGAUAUCAGAUGUGAGAUCCAGGAUAACAGUUGUCGUGAUUACCAUCGGGUUUUUUUGGACCCUUGUUCAAGAUUAUCUUCAAAAGUUGAGACAUGUAAAUGAGCUAACAAUUGGGACUUGGUUUGCAGAGGUUCUGUUCAUGAUGCAGCUUGAUGGAGCGCAGCUUCCAGAAUUGAAAUGCAAAUGUCUAACACUGAAGUUGCACAUAACGAAGUAUAAUUUGUAUGGAGUAGCAAGCCUUUUGCGGGCCUCGCCUCAUUUGGAGACACUCAACAUACACAUGGACGUUGAAGUUAAUUUUGUGCAAUGCCGCUAUGAGUCAAGUUAUUUGCGCCAAGGAGAUAAUAUCGAUCUGGAGAGUUGGAUUUCAAACUCUGUAUUUCCCAAUCUCAAGAGUGUUAAUAUUAUCUGCCCCAUUUUCAUUGGGAUGUGUCGGACGGCGAGGCAUGAUAGGCUCUUUGAACUUUCAAAAUUUCUGCUAAAAAAUGCAAUGGUUCUGGAGACGUUUGUUAUCAUGGUAAAGAGAACACGCUGCAGCUUGUGUUCAAGGAAUUGUGUAUCCCCAUAUUCGUCAGGAUUGGCUGCGAAAUUGUUAGGUUGCCCAAGACCCUCCACCAAUUUUAUGAUGAGUUUCCAUGAGUCGUGAUUUUCCAUGAGCAGGAUGCAAGUGGUUUUGUUUCUCGGUACACCAGAAAUUGCGCAUAAUAGUUUAUCUUUUGAUUUUUCUGCUGGUGAACUUAUGAGUUUUUAACUUGUCUAUGUAAGUAAAAUGUUUCUUUUUGUGA